AUGUGCAAUUCCCCCACAGGCAAGGAAAGAAUUACAAUAAAAGAAAACAAGAUGAAUGUAACUGAAUUCAUUCUAAUGGGACUUACACAGAAUCCUCAGAUGCAGAGAGUUCUAUUUUUGGUGUUACUUAUUACUUACAUUGUCACUGUCACUGGCAACCUGUUCAUUGUGGUUACUAUAAUCUGCAGCCGGACUUUGGACUCCCCGAUGUAUUUCUUCCUGGCCUUCUUGUCCUUCAUAGAUGCCUGCUAUUCCUCUUCCAUAAUCCCUAAAAUGCUAGCUGAUUUGCUCUCUGAAUCAAAGGCUGUCUCCUUCAGUGCCUGCAUGAUACAACUCUUCACUGAACAUUUCUUGGGAGCUUCAGAGAUUGUCCUCCUUGUGGUCAUGGCCUUUGACCGCUAUGUGGCCAUCUGCAGACCUCUGCACUAUGUGACCAUCAUGGACCACCGCACAUGCUGCCUCCUGGUGAGGGUGUGUUGGGCAGUGGGUUUUCUCCACUCAUUUGGACAGAUCCUAGUCACUUUCAGGCUCCCAUUCUGUGGUCCCAACAUAAUGGAUCACUUCAUGUGUGAUAUAUUCCCCUUGAUACAACUUGCCUGCACUGACACUUUCCUUGCUGGUCUCUUGGUUGCUGUCAAUGGUGGGGUAAUCCCUGUGGUCACUUUUGUAAUGUUGUUGGUAUCCUAUGUGUUCAUCCUUUGCUCCAUGAGGACUCACAGCUCUGCAGGGAGGAAAAGAGCCCUGUCUACCUGUAGCUCCCACAUCACAGUUGUUGUCUUCUUCUUUGUGCCCUGUAUAUUUAUGUAUCUGCGACCAGUAGCUACUCUUCCCAUGGAUAAAGCCAUAGCAGUAUUCUAUACUCUUGUUACCCCCAUGUUAAACCCUUUUAUCUACACAGCAAGGAAUACAGAGGUCAAAAAUGCCAUUAGGAUGCUAUUAAGCAGGAAUACAAUUUCAGAAAAUAAAUGA